CCGAGCAUAUUCCCGGAAUACUUAGGACAUGUCAAAUGCAAGAAAGACACCAAUGGAGAUAUCAGGGAUAUCGGGAUAUCUGAUUCUUCAUUAUGGAUAUGCAAUGUUUAUGAUCUUGUGCGGAUUAACCUAAACAAAGGAAACAAAUAGGGACAUUGCUGUAGGGCUUCACGGGCGGGGCUUCCGACAUGAACACAAUCGAAUGAAGCCAAAGCAAGUCAACUGAUGCAUACAAAAAGCUAUCUGUUUACCUUAAGGCUUGUCGUUGGAAACGAUGGAGAAUUUCUUGUAUGUCCUUUUACAAUUACAACAAGACAACGCGCAGCUUGUCCUAUCCAAAAUUGUCCAAAAUCUUGCAGUAAACUACGGAGAUAGCAUUAAAUACAGAUGGAAGACGUAUGUUCCACCCUCAAACUUAAUCAAUGGCCUCAGCAAGUCGGGCCUCAGCCGUCUUCUCGGAGCUUGACAAUGCCAAGACUCAACUUUAUCAUUUCAAGGCGAUAGUGAUUGCGGGGAUGGGCUUCUUCACCGAUGCAUACGAUCUCUUCUGCAUCACCGCCGUCACGAAGCUGUUAGGCCGCCUGUACUACUAUGAUCCCGCUGACCCAAAACACCACCCUGGGACUCUACCUACAAAUGUCAACAAUGCAAUCACGGGUGUCGCUCUGUGUGGGACUCUAGCAGGGCAACUCUUCUUUGGUUGGCUAGGUGACAAGCUCGGCCGGAAAAAGGUCUAUGGGAUAACCCUAGUCACCAUGGUAGGGUGCGCCCUGGCUUCCGGACUCUCAUUCGGGUCAACAGCCCAGAGCGUGAUCGGGAGUUUAUGCUUCUUCCGGUUCUGGCUUGGCUUUGGCAUUGGGGGAGAUUAUCCACUCUCGGCCGUUAUAAUGUCCGAGUAUGCAAACCAACGGACCAGGGGAGCAUUCAUAGCUGCAGUAUUUGCUAUGCAGGGUGUUGGAAUAGUGUUUGCCGGUGCCGUAUCGAUGAUCGUCUCGAAGAUCUUCCUCAACGCCUACCCUGCCCCAAUAUUCAAGGAGGACGCGGUCUUCUCAACCCAGCCCCAAGCGGACUAUGUUUGGAGGAUCGUGCUCAUGCUCGGGGCCGUGCCAGCCGCUCUGACCUACUACUGGCGGAUGAAGAUGCCCGAAACUGCCCGUUACACUGCCCUUGUGAAGGGCGACCACACGAAGGCCGCCUCAGACAUGGCCAAAGUCCUAGACAAAGAAAUCAUAGUGGAAAAUUCGGGCCCUCAGGAGACACCGAAGGAUGCUAGUCCCCAGUCUUCAUACGGGCUAUUCUCGGCCGAGUUCAUGCAGAGGCACGGGCUCCACCUCCUUGGCACAACCUCCACAUGGUUCCUUCUCGACGUUGCCUUCUACAGCCUCAACCUUGCACAGAAGGACAUAUACCCCGCCGCUGGAUUCGUAAAAAAGGUCACGUGGAUGAAUGCCAUCGAAGAGGUUUACCGGAUUUCCAGGGCAAUGCUCAUAAUAUCACUGGCUGCGACCGUGCCGGGGUACUGGUUCACAGUUUUCCUGAUCGACAAGAUCGGACGGUUCAUAAUCCAGCUAAUGGGGUUCCUCAUGAUGUCGAUAUUCAUGGCGAUCCUGGGGUUCCGGUACCAUCAUUUCCAGGGAGAUUCGGGAGAUAAGUGCCCGCCAGACACUGAUAAGGAUAACUGCAAUGGCCAUCCCUUCCAGUUCGCGCUCUUCUUUGGGCUGACCCUUUUCUUCGCCAACUUCGGCCCCAACAGCACCACCUUCAUUGUGCCUGCCGAGCUCUUCCCAGCCCGUUUCCGGUCCACCUGCCACGGGAUCUCGGCUGCGGCCGGGAAGGCUGGGGCGAUCAUCGGGGCGUUCUGGAUCCAGACCUACACGCAGAAAGACAAUGGCAAGAAAAAGGCGAUCAUAGCGCUUGCCGUGGUGAACAUGCUCGGGUUCGUCUUCACUUUCCUGGUCCCGGAAACAAAGGGCAAGUCACUUGAGGAGAUCUCCGAGAACUACGAUGGUCAUGGCCAUACCACAGGCGCAGCAAAUGGGAACGUUAAUGGUAACGGGAAUGUCAAGAACGGUGAAGCAGACGUCGUUCGUGAAGCGGAGUUGGUAUGAAACUAAUAACGGCUAGCUAGGCUCAUGGCGGAAUUACUUGGAUUCGAUUUCUACUGAUAUGUAUGGCAGUAAUUUAAAUAACUCUGGCUUGAUGAAAAGCACUUGUAUGGUUGGAGAGGAAGAAGAA